AUGGCUGAGAACCAGCAGCCUGUUAAUCGUGAGGCCCUUGAAAGAAGGCUGGUGCUGAUGCCACCUGGGUCAUCCACCAAAGACAUGUCCACAUCUGGAGCUUCUGACCUGCAUCCUAACUCCUUGGGACAUGUGACGUCAUCCAGCAGUCUGUCCUCCUUAACAGUGCCCGUACGCUUGGAUGUCCUGUACUUCUUGCUGAACAGUGCUGCCAAAGGGGCCCAGAAUGUCCUGGCUCCCCUACCUAUUCAGAGUGGGCAAGGAUCUGUCUCUGUGUGUCAUGGCCUGGGUGCUCAACAGGCAGGGAGCUGCUGUAACAGCUGCCAACCCACCUGCCAUAAGGCUUCUGGUAGUGCUCCUUACGCCUGGCACCCUAAUACGCCUCACCGUGAUGAAACAGUUUAUAGAAACUCUUAUUCUCAUGGCAGUGGAAUCCCGGGUAGGCAGCAUAACCAACGGGCCAGGGUCGCCCAAUGGGAUGGUGGGAAGAACUGGUCUGGAUCCCCUCAAGCAGAUCCGGCAAGGGGAUGGAAACGAUCCCAGUCCCCAUUGGGAUGGAAGGAGAGGCAGAGAGAUGAAGGCAGGAGGUAUUGGAAAGGGGACAACUGGCAAAGGAAGGAGGGAAAUUUCAGCAAGUCUUGGAGCAACCCCAGGGAAAGCCUGGCUGAGUCAACUCCUUGGUCUUCAGGCUCGCCCAACAGCAAAAGGGAAGGCACCACAUUUGGAGAACAUACUCUGAACAUGAAGAGGAAGCGAGAUGGAAAUGGUUGGCAAGAGAUGUGCGAUGGCCCCAAAGGCCACAGAUACUCGACCCAUGGCCAGAUUGAAUGGCCAAGGAAGCAAGGGCCUCAACAGCCUGCCAGCUUCAAGGAUAAUACUGCAGUUGCUGAGAUGACUACCACAACUGGCCAGGAUAAAGCCGAAGAUUGGGAAGCAGAAUAUCAGAACAUCCAAGAAACCGCCAGUGCUCCCGAGUGUUUUUCCAAUUCUUCCCUUCAGAACAAAGAAAUGAAUACUUCUGAAGCGGGAGAUAGUUACGACAUAGAAUGUGCUCCAUCUACGGAUCUACCCAAAAAGAAACUGGAGACCUCUCCCCUUCCCAAGUGCCUUUCCCAAGACCAGGCAGCUACAUCUACUGAGAUGGAACCCACCGCGUCUGACUCGGAUUGGAAGAAUGGCAGGUUUGCCCAUUAUCUUCUGAGCCUUUAUUCUGAUGUCCCAGAGAAGUCAAGUUCUGAAUGUUCUACAGAUCUGACCAUCGAUAUAAAUCCAGAGAAAUCUAGACCAGAAGAGGAAGAGGCCAUGAAGGGGGCACCUGAUGGAGAACCAAAACCUUUAGCAUAG